UAUAUAAAAACCAUGAAACCCAUUUCUCGAAUGUUUCAUACACUAUUCUGCAAGUAUAUAGUUUAAUCAAAUAGUACAACCAUCUUGAAAUUGAAACACUUAUACAGCAUAUAUAUAGUAUAGUAUGUCACAUCAUCAAUGGCUACAAAGUUGGUUGGCUGCAUCGUACGUGCGAUGAAAUUAAAUUUUCUGGAUUUUUAUAGCAUCACCAGCUAACCACUGACCCAGGUACAACCCGCUCCUACAUUUAGUAGAGAUAUGUUGAAGGUGUACUUAUUGUUGUCAUUAUCAGCAAUGAUGAUGAUGGUUGUAAAUGGUUUGAACUCGGAUGGUCAAACAUUAUUGUCACUUUCAACACACUGGAGGACAUCCUCCAGUCUUGUCUCUACUACCUGGAAGAUAUAUAAUGCUUCUGAUCCUUGUUUGUGGGCUGGUGUUGCGUGUAACAGCGACAACCACCGAGUUGUGUCUUUGGACUUGUCCGGUUUCCAACUUUCAGGUGAAUUAGGACCUGAAAUCUCCCGUUUAGCCCAACUCAAAUCGUUGAACUUAAGCUUUAACCGUCUCGCUGGUUCAAUCCCUUCACAGUUAUCCAAUUGCACUCUUCUUCGAUAUUUAGACCUGUCCCACAAUGCCUUUUCGGGUCCCAUUCCUCCUUUACCCAAAUCUUUGAUUUACUUAGAUUUGUCUCUUAAUCAAUUUGUCGGUGGCCGCCUUCCAACAGAGUUGGGUGAGUGUAUUAACCUCCAACAGUUUGCAGUUGUUGGUAGCGGCUUAACCGGUCCUAUCCCUUCUUCGUUCGGUAACCUCACCAACAUGACUCUCCUAUACCUUUCUGAAAAUCAGUUGUCCGGAAACAUACCACCCGAGCUUGGCAACUGCAGCUCCUUGGUCGAUCUCCAGCUAGACGCUAAUCAACUCGAGGGUACCAUUCCAAAUGAACUUGGUCUUCUUAACUUAACAUACCUUUAUUUAUUUUCCAACCGUUUAACCGGUGAGGUUCCCAUGAGUAUUUGGAAAAGCCAAACCCUUGAGCACCUUCUUAUUUACGAGAAUAGUCUGUUUGGCGAACUGCCCGUUGAGCUCACCUACAUGAAGCACUUGAAACAAAUCACCCUGUUUACGAAUCAUUUCUCUGGCAUCAUACCUCAAACCUUAGGAAUCAAUGCCACCCUCACAGUCCUUGAUUUCAAUAACAACUCAUUCACCGGACCAAUCCCGCCAUAUCUCUGCUCCCGAAACCAACUCGAGAAGCUCAUUCUCGGGCUCAACAAUCUGCAAGGCCCAAUUCCUCCUCAACUUUGGAAAUGCCGCAGUCUUAAAAGAUUGAUUCUGCGUGGUAAUACUAAUCUCACCGGGGUUUUUCCAGACGUUGUGGAUAAUCCAAACCUAUCAUACUUGAGCCUGGAGAAUAACUUUUUCACUGGACAAAUUCCUGCUAGCUUUGGUAUGCUUACCAAUAUCACAGAAAUUAAUCUCUCCAUGAAUCGGCUUUCUGGCGUCUUACCACUUGAGUUUGGAAACCUCUUGGGGCUUCAGGCUCUCAACCUUUCUUACAACGCAUUGGAGGGUCCUUUGCCAUCUCAACUAGCCAACUGCAAAAGGUUACUGAACCUUGAUGCAAGUCAUAACUUGUUCAAUGGCUCAAUUCCAGCUUCUCUGCAGACCAUGUCAGGACUACUGACUCUGGAUUUAAGUGAAAAUCAUUUUACAGGGAGCAUACCGAUGUUUUUAUCUCAGUUCGGGUCUCUGAUAGAGCUUAGACUAGGUGGAAACUCAUUAGGUGGAAAAAUACCUUCAUCAAUAGUAGAGCUCAAGGCACUUGGCAUUUUAAACCUCAGCCACAACUGUUUGACAGGUGAUAUUCCCUCGGGUUUCAGUAAACUGGUGAUGCUGGAGCAGUUAGAUGUUUCUCACAAUCGUCUAACUGGAACUUUAGCAUCACUUGCGGGGAUGCGUGUGUUAACUGACCUAAACAUUUCGUACAAUAUCUUCAUGGGUCAGAUACCAGCAACAUUGCUGAAAUUUCUCAACUCGUCUUUCUAUGCAUUCUCAGGGAACCCAGGUCUUUGUGUGGAUUGUGUUCUGAAUAGUUGUGAGGCUGCCAGGGAUUUGAGACGUUGUGCCCAUCCAUCGGCCAAACAGAAAGGACUUACCAAGUUCCAAACUGCAAUGGUAGCCCUUGGGACUUCAACGUUUUUGUUUGCAUUUGUUAUUGGGAUUGGUUUAAUGCUUCACUGCCGGCGAAGAGAAAAACAUGAUAUUGAAGAGAUCUAUGAUGAUAAAGUGGAUGACGAUUCUUUAUUUUACAAAGUAAUGGAGGCUACUGAUGACUUAGAUGACAGGUACAUAAUUGGGAGAGGAGCCCACGGAACUGUGUACAAGGCAUCCUUGGGUCGUGGUGAUGGAGUGUAUGCUGUUAAGAAACUUAUGUUUGGAGGCAGCAAAGAGGGAAGCACGAGCAUGGUUCGAGAGAUAGAGACAGUCGGGAAAGUAAGACAUAGGAAUCUUGUUAAAUUGGAAGACUUUUGGAUAAAAAAGGAUUACGGCCUGAUUUUGUACAAGUAUAUGCACAAUGGUAGUCUUCACGAUAUUCUGCAUGAAGUACAUCCACCUCCAUUGUUAGAUUGGAGCAUUCGUUGUAACAUCGCUCUUGGAACCGCCCACGGUUUAGCGUAUCUCCAUUUUGACUGUCAUCCAGCUAUAGUUCAUCGAGAUAUCAAACCCAUGAAUAUCCUUUUAGAUUCCGAGUUGGAGCCUCACAUAUCAGAUUUUGGCAUAGCCAAGCUUCUGGAUCAAUCAACUCCAGCGCUAAUGAGUGGCACACUCAGAGGCACGGUCGGGUAUAUUGCUCCAGAAAACGCAUUUACAUCCACGAAAAGCAUGGAGUCUGAUGUGUACAGUUAUGGUGUUGUGUUACUGGAACUAAUAACAAGAAAGAAGGCAGUGGAUCCUUCAUUUGAAGAUGGAUUGGAUAUUGUGAGGUGGGUCCGAUCCGUCUGGAAUGAGAAGGUAGAAAUCGAGGUGGUAGUGGAUCCAGACCUAUUUGAUGAUCUGUAUGAUGGUUUUGUAAGGGAACAAGUGACAGAGGUGCUUCAGCUUGCUUUGAAGUGUACAUUAACAGAAUCAAGCAGGAGACCCACAAUGAGAGAUGUAGUCAAACAACUUGAAGAUGUGCAUUCAUCCAAUAGUUAUAGGAGCAAGCAGCUGCAGCUGCAGCUGCAGCUUAAAUAGGGUCGGUAUUACGUACCCAGUUAGUUAGCUCAUCAUCAUAUAGAAUGAUUAGAUUUUUUUCAGAAUUAGAAAAAAUCUGAUGAAAUUGUACAGUUCCAAGGUUGGUUGAGUGUUAAUGGAUACAUUUUGUCCGAUUGGUAUGAUAAUGAUGACAAGUUUAUGACCAAGUAUAGUGUUAGCACUAUUGGUAUGAUAUAUGUUCAAUUAAUUUAGUUCAAGAAACUAUUUUGAAUCUAUUAAAUGAUUUAAUGCAUUCUAAACAAACAAUUGUAAUGAA